AUGGAUUGCUUUCGGGGUUGCGAAACGUUAAGAUGUUUCUGUGGGUUCAGUUCUGACACUGAAAUCAUAGACCAUGACUUUGUCAAAGAGCAUGAAACCUGGCACAGCCCCGGACCUGAUUUUAUAUCAGCAGACUUUCUUCGGGCUGGUGGCCAUCCGCUUCAUGUAAUCUUAGCAGCGCACAUGACGUCCUACCUUCAGAAAGAAACUAUCCCAGACCAGUGGAAGACCUCGCGAACCGUUCUUAUCCAUAAGAAGGGUGACCGAGAGGAUCUUCGGAACUACCGUCCGAUAUGCUUGCUGAGCGUGUUAUACAAAGUAUUCACCAAGAUCAUCCUCACGCGCAUAUCUAGGACGCUGGAUGAAGCCCAGCCUCGAGAACAAGCUGGAUUCCGCCAGGGGUUCAGCUGCUUGGACCACAUCCAGACCGUGUCGAGGGUCAUCUGUUACGCAGCGGAGACGUGGGCAGACACCACGGCCACGUCUAGGAAGCUACUUACUACCCACAGAGCCCUUGAGAGAUCUCUCCUGAAGUUUAACCGGCGCACACAACACCUAGCCGGUCUUCGUAGCUCCGACUUAAGAGGAGUGUCCCGUCCUCGCGACCCAGCGGAAUAUGUAUCGAAAGCAAAACAUAGAUGGGCCGGUCACAUCAUGAGAAGAAUCGACGAUAGAUGGACUAAAAGAACGCUAGAGUGGAUCCCAAGGGACGCUAAACGCCCCCGAGGGAGACCGCCAACGAGAUGGGGUGACGUGUUCGCUGCACGGAUGGACCAGCUGAGAGCUCAUCUGGGUACAGCUCAAGGACCUCGUCAACGUCACUCACGAAGCUUGAGAACAUCUUGGAUGACAAUGGCGAGGGAACGAAACGAGUGGAAGAGAUGUUGGGGCCCGCACGUCCAGUGA